GUCCUCAGUUCUAAAUUGAACAACGUCAGCCGAUUUGUGUUUUUUACAGUAGCCACGAACCUUCUCCCCAUCAACACGACAUUUUCUACGUGUCAGGAAUCAGAAUCUCCUGCGUCCACAUCGUCCACGCCGAAUUCCUUAUUUGAUGAUUUUGCGGAGCUGUCUUCAAGCUCUCUUGGCCCGGCAGCACUUGUCGAUGCUCCUCCAAUUCCAGGUCUGUUCUUCACCCCCUCUCUCCGUCUUCCCGCAGAAUUCGCAAAUGCCGUGAUGAACUACUGCUUGGAAACUUUCUUCACGUCUGCCAACAUCAAUCAGAUCAUGCUCUUCUGUCGCGCUCCCAGUGCGGAAUCGUCCACAGGCCUACCGCCACUUCUUACUUCACUGCUCGAUGCUCUCUCCCGCCUUCUCAAGCCUACUUUGCCGCCCGAAAUCCAUUCUUUACUCUUUCCGGCUGUCCCCACCCGAGCCAGGCAGGCCAUCAUUAAUCGGUACGAUCCCGGGGAAGGAAUAACGCCCCAUGUUGAUCUUCUGGGGCGUUUUGGAGAUGGCAUUGUGGGUGUCAGCUUUGGCAGCGGGUGCGUCAUGCAGUUCGCGUCUGGCUUGAAAGAUCAGGCGUACGGGGUGUACCUUCCGGAGAGAAGUAUCAUCGUUAUGUCAGGAGAUGCGAGGUAUAAAUGGAGUCAUGGUAUUGAGGAGAAGACGAUGGAUUAUGUUCAGACUCCGGAUACAUUGUCGGGGGAUGCAGGUGGUCGAUGGAUGAAAAGGACGAUGCGGAUAAGCAUAACCUUCAGAUGGUUGCUGCCAGGAGCAGAAGUCGUGGGUGGUGCUGAAGAUAGAGAUCCCUCCGGGUAGCAAAUGUGUUGACGUUAUGUAAUGCCCUCAAUGUCUACCAGCCUUUGAUGCGCGGCGGCUACUAUGUAAUAACUACAGACUGGCGGAAACUC